UCAGUGUACCCAAACUAGAAAAUCAAGAAUUUCUAAAACCCCACCAACCAAUCCUAGUUCCAAGGCCACGUUUUUCUUACAGAAAAUUAAUUUCUUGAUAAUAAUAAUAAUACCCACAAGGUCAGCAGAAGCCGUACCCAAUAAAAAUUCCCCAAAUUAUCUCUCUUUUGCUGCACUAGUCCAACACAAUCUUGAACAACAACACUGUAGGUCUUACCAUCAACAAAAUCCAGAAAAAAUGGCAAUCAUCUCAUCUUCAGCUAUUGCUGCUACAACUCUCUCUUUAUCCCUUACACCAAAACCCAUUUCUUCUUCUUCUUCUUCAGCUGUUUCAACAGCCAAGAUUCCAACUUUAUGUUCCUCUUCUAGCUCUCUUUUCUUCAACAGCAACAGGGCCCUGUUUAUGGGUCCUGCUAGAAAAGUGACUAGCAGUGGAAAAAGGGGUCUUUCUUGCAAAUGUUUAUUUGGGCUUGGAGUGCCUGAGCUGGCUGUGAUUGCUGGUGUUGCUGCCCUUGUUUUUGGGCCUAAACAGUUGCCUGAAGUUGGCCGUACUAUUGGCAAGACUGUCAAGAGUUUCCAACAGGCAGCAAAGGAGUUUGAAACUGAGUUAAAAAAGGAGCCUGAGCCCCCAGUCGAAAAGGCCAUAGAGGGUAGUCAAGAAGAGAAGCAAGACGCUCAGGUUGCAAGCACCAACGAGAGUUCAUAAAACCAUAUAAUGUAGUUUGCCACUAGCUAUAGCUUCUAGUUUUUUACUGUUCCUGCAGCACGAUUGUUUCUUGUAUUUGACUAGUAAUGUUGAGCUAUUGUGUUUGAUUUA